AUGGCUUUCAAAAACCAUGGCCGUCAGUAUGACUUGGUCGUCUUUGGAGCUACUGGAUAUACCGGCCAAUUAACAGCCGAGCAUGUCGCCAAGUUUCUCCCAACGAAUCUGAAAUGGGCUGUGGCUGGACGGUCAGAAUCCAAGCUUCAGAGCGUAGUUGAGGAAUGCAAGAAGCUUAAUCCUGACCGUUUGCCACCCAGCAUUGAGAUUGCAAAUACAAACGAUGAAUCUCAAUUAGAAGCUCUGAUCAAAAAGACCUUUAUUUUCAUCACCACCGUUGGUCCCUACUGCGUGUAUGGCGAACCAAUUUUCAGACUCUGCGCCGAGACUGGCACCCACUAUCUCGAUUGCACCGGCGAGGCUCCCUGGGUUGCUCGCAUGAUUAAAAAGUAUGAAAGCACGGCGAAGGACUCUGGAGCCAUCAUGAUACCUCAGUCAGGAAUAGAGUCUGCGCCGCCUGACCUAAUAUCGUGGGCCAUGGCGCAACAUGUGCGGACAGAAUUGGAUGCUCCUACCAAGGACGUUGUUGUUACUAUUCAUAAGCUCAAUUCUGCUCCCUCGGGUGGUACUCUAGCUACGGUGUUAGUUCUCUUUGAAAAGUUCUCCUUGAAAGAGGUUAUUGAAUCCACGAAGCCGUUUGCGACAUCUCCAAUUCCUUAUACCUCCGGCGCGAAACCGCAAAAGGGACUCCUCCAAAGCAUUCUGGGUGUCACAUCACGACCAAAUCUGGGUCUUCUUACUACAUCUAUUGCUGGAACGACAGAUCAGACCGUUGUUACCAGAACAUGGGGCCUCUUACAUGAGAUUCCCAGUAGGAAGAAGGAAUUCUAUGGGCCUAGGUUUACUUGGAGUGAAUACUUCAAAGCUAGAAAUUGGCUCCAUGGGAUCGGUAUUCACUUUGCGCUAGCCAUUGGAAGCUUCUUCCUGGUAUUCGUGCCCCCCGUCCGGAGUCUCGUGAAAAGAUUCAUCUACCAGCCAGGAGAGGGUGUCAGCAGGGAAGACAUGGAAAAGGAAGAGGUAGAGUUUCGUGGUACUGCCACGCCCGACAUUGAGAGCAAUCCAUCUCAAAAACAAGCCUUCUGCCGUGCCUGGUUCCACGGCAGUUUGUACAUGCUGACAGGGUUGUUUCUCGCCGAGGCUGCAUUAACCAUUCUUGAAGAUGACCUUGAUUUGGGAGGUGGUGUAUUCACUCCCGCGUGCUUGGGACAAAAGUAUCUUGAUCGUGUGAAUGAUGCUGGCUUCAAAAUUGAAGUCAGGACUGUUGAGGGCUAA